AUGUAUCCGUUUGUUGCCUAAGUUGGUUACUACGCCUUCAGUUGUAGAUCUACCGACGUGUAUGUAUAAGACGAAUCCCAUCAAUAAAUUUGCCAGCACCGAUCUUGCAUCAUCUUACUAUGGUUCCACAUGUGCAACAAAUUAUGUUUCAGGACCGGGAAAGCUAGAUGGAUUAGCUGAGUUAGAAAUGAGGCAGGAAGCUGUUCUUCUUCGAUUGCAAUGUCUGAAACAGCAGUUAGACAAAUUGCAGAAUAAUAAAUGCCCAACAGACCAGAGUAUGCCAUCAAUGGCUGUUGUAGGAGCUGCUGCUCAGUCAUCACCAGUAAAGCAACCUGCAGGUGUGAAGCAGGCAGUGGUGGAACACAUUUUAACGGCAAUACAGGGUCAUCUGGAUGAUAUAAGUUCCCUUCACUUCAAUUCUCAAAUUCAGGACAUCAACUUUAAAAUGGACACGGCAAGCUUGCCUCGUUCCAUUUUGUAUAGGUUAGGCUGCUUGAAGAAUGAGCUCCUUAUGCACAAAACUGAGGAUGUUCAUGGUCUCAUAACUCCUGUAACAUCUGUGGAAGUGGCAGACAGGCAGGCUGGUUUAAUAGGCAUCAUCAGUGCUUUGAAGGAAGAGCUGUUUUUGAUUGAGGCCCUGCAAAGUGACAAGAAUGAGCCAUUGGAGUGCUCCUCAAGGGUUGAUGUUGUCACACAUCAUAGAGAAGUGGUGAAGAAACUGAUGUCAUUGCAAGAUGAACUUAAUAAAUUGUUGAGAAGCAUUCAGGACCUCUCUUGGGAGAUUGGGACUGUACAUGAUCUAGUGAUAGCUGCAAAUCCUGAUAGACCACCAUAUUCUUUAGUUUUAUUGCGAAAACUUUUGAAGAAUGUGGGCUUCCCAGUUUAUUGUGCGAAUCAUCUUCAUUCUUCAGUUAAAAAAGUGGGUGAAACUCUUCAGAAGACAUUUACUGAAAGUCCAGAGGGUGAUAGAUCAAAACACAGUUUAGCUUUUACUCUUCAUUGGAAGGAUGUUUCAUCACCUAGCCUUAUGGUCAAUCCCUUGCAUCAGACACCUAUAUCUGGUGAAGCCAACAUAAUACGCUACGUUUCUCGUCUAUUUCCUUUAUCUUCACCCUACAACUAUGAAGCCACUGGAACAUUUACUUUAAUCACAGAAACUGAUAAUCUACUUGAUCAGCUAACAAAUCAGAUGAUUUGUGGAAACAAUAAGGAGCGUCAGGCAGUUUUACGACUUUUGAAUGGAAGACUUGGCAGGGCAUCUUGGCUAAUGGGUGACAAAUGUAGUAUUGUUGAUGUGAUGGCCUGGUCAGCAGUGAGGCAGACUGGUUCAGAAGUAGGAGCUCCAGCAAAUGUUAGCAAGUGGUACAAAGCAGUAAGCAAUCUGGCAGGAUUAGAAUCAAGUGUGCCACAGGAAAACAAUAUUGUGUCCUCAAAAAACGAAAAGAACCAGACCAUUUCCAAAAAUGCAGGUAAAAUAUCCAAUGGACAUAUGGAUAGGAAAGGCUUAGAGCAACUGCUCAAGAAACUAAACAUGAAGUUUCAAGUUCAAGACCAUGAAGAAGUGUUUACUGUUGAGGCUUUAAUGAAAAAUGUUUCAUUAAUGCCUGGCCUUCACAUGAAAAACCUCUUUCUAAAGGAUAAGAAGAAAAAUUUGUAUCUUCUUUCAGCACGGCAUAAUGCUGAGGGGCCCUCAUUGCAAAUUUCCUGACUUUUAAGAAGAAUUUGAUGAUUGCUCUAUGUCAGGGCCGUCCAACCCCAUGCCCGUGGGCCAAAAGUGGCCCGUUUGAUUUUGAAAGUGGCCCGCGAGAGAAAAAUAAGUCAUAGAGAUGUGUGUAAAUUGUCAGCUGUAGGCAAAAUUAAUGUACCUUUGUUUCAAGAAGAAUUAUUUGAAAUGAAAACUUAUUAUGCCCACCAAGAUGUGAAAUUCGGUUUUUGGACACAUAUAUCCUGCUCACAUGAUUACCCACACAUUUUUGAUUAUGUGUCAAAACUAUUGUCAAUGUUUGGUUCAACUUGGCUCUGUGAGAGCACAUUUUCAUUCAUGAAGUUAUUAAAGUCAGCAUUACGAUCCUCAAUUAGUGACGUAAAUCUUGAGUCCGAAUUAAGAUGUGCUCUCUCUCAUUUUCACCCUGAAUUUUUAAAAAUAAGAAAGUCAGCUAUUAUCAGAUUUCCCACUAAAUUUACCUUUGUUUGAAUUAAAUAAACUCUUGUUUGCCCUCUAAAAUAUAUUUCUUUGAAUUCCUCUGAAAUAAGUCCUUUAUUUUUUUUCCCCCGCAUGCUCAUUAAUUUUAAUAUUAAAUAUAAGUCUGAAUGAGGGGCUCUGAAAUGGCAGACGUAGAAGGCGCAUGAAUGGAAGCUGAUGAAAUGACACGGAUGGAGACGCCCCAUAGCAGGGAUUGGGGAGAGUAGUUGACAGCUGAGAGGAAGGCACCAAAAACUGUCUUUCUGGGGCUGACAAGGGGAGAGCCGUUGUAAGAUGAGAUGACUUUACUGAAACAGUAGACCUUGAAACUUAACUGUCAUGGUGGACGACAAUGGGAUGUGUGAAGUCAUGCAGUGAGACAAUAGGCCAGAAAGGGGUGGUACUCUUGGCAGGCCUAAACUAAAGGCUCCUAACACUCAGUCAGCUUCUGUGCAUCUCCUGAAAAGACUGGACAAAAGGGAGCUGCAUCCUUCCUCAUAGUGGAGGGAAGCCUCUUCCCCACAUCCCUAAAAUAUCAGGGACAGCAAAAUCAAUUACUAGAUCUCCCAAAACCCCCAAUCAAAUCUUCUAAGGGCAGAUUGGUAGAAGAAAGCAAAAGAGUAAAAUUUUCCAAGGAAGAAGCAAUGAGGAGAUUUUAGUAAAGAAGAGCCAGAACAAGAUGGAAUGGGAGCGCUCGCAAAGAGCCAUAACAAGAAGGAAUAGGAGUGCUUGUGAAAAGCCAGAACAAGAAGGAAUAAGAGCUGCCAUUGGAGAUGCAAAGCCUUCCCAAGAUGGUGUUGUGGGGGCUUUUCAGGUUACACAAUUGGAGCACGAUACUAAUGGGAACAGAAUUGAAGGAUCAUUGAAUUAAAUUAAGAUUAUCCGUAACUUAAUUUAUUCCUUAAAAUUACAGUUCACAACUUAUAAUCUAAACAAACCAAUUUCUUCUAUACUACUACACUCCCCCUAACUAAAAUAUUUUUUAACUCCCUUUCAAAGUACCCCACUGUACUCAGGAAUUGGACCUUAACUUCAUGUCCAUGGUCUCUCAUAAACUACCUGUUGUUCACUGACUUCUACUCCAACCACAUCAGACUUAUCUAGCUUUGGUUCCAAACUACUUACACCAAGUUCGUUCAAACUCUGGAGACUUACAUCAGCAUCAGCUUCAACUUCGCCAACAACUGACCUGGCUGCUAUCAUCUCUCUCUUCCAUACUCUCAUUUAUUUCUGCCACCCACACUUUACCUCAAGCUAUCCAAAAAUUUCCCCAUUUACACUUUCCAGUACUUCUAACUCUUUCUCAUUCACACUUACUCCCACAUUCACUCUUUCAACACUUAGUCAAAGGGAACUCGCACACACAUCCCUUGUACUCACCAAGUUCACUCCUUCCACAUCCCACUCAAAUAAUUCAAAAUCAAUUACAUCGUCAUUCUCACUACUACCAAACAACACGCAAGGGUAUUUACACUUCUCACACCUACUGGCUUUUCAAACCUCUCAAAAUUAAGCAACUCGGCUCGUGUACUCUCCGCAAACAACUCUGUAAAUGUACCCUUACUCUUUCUACUCCUCUUUUUAGGUUUUCUCGUAUGUUCUACUAACACUAAUUGUUUAUUUCUCCAGUUUAUAUCUUCCUCUAUUUCUACAUCUUCCUUUUCCUUUUCCUCCCUUAAUAACUUCCUAAUGAUGCCCUAAUAUGUAUUUUGGUGGUUCUCUCCAUCUUCUCAACUGAUAAUGAUGUACUCAUAAUUACUCUUACAUUUCCUCCAUUUUCGUCUUCUAGCGCUUAACUCAAUCUAUUGGACCAAACUGUUUUCAUUACUUCACUUCAUAUGGACCUUCAGACUUCUCACGCAUCUUACUCAGUCAAUCUUCCCUUGUUAACCACUUCCUUCAACACCUUAUCAACUAAUCUGUUUUUAACAUUCGUGUUAGAAAUGUUUCCUUACCAAAGGUGUAAGAAUUUUUACAAGCCUUUUAGAUAAAUUAUACGUAACUGAGCCCACUGAACUAAUGAUUGGUCUGAUAGGGUUAUUAAUUUUGUGUCUUGACUACUUGUUUCAUCAAGUCAAAUAAUGGAAAUGUUCCAGAUUCAAGUCUUGGUUUAUUUAAACUUGAUGCCUUCAUAAUGAAAAAAGUGUAGAUAAAUAUUAGCAACAAAAUUAAUAUAUUCAGUUUUUACAUGUUUUUGGACUGUACGGAUACUUUGUAAUUUCGGUUAGGGUUAAAUCGUAUGUUUAGGUUUGUGACCGUGUGAUAUGCAAUAAUCCUGGAUUAUCUCUCUAAUUUUUUACCCUUUUGACAAUUAACCAUCUGGUAUUCUUGAUCUUGUUGUGUACCUGAGACCUUUCUCUCCAAUUGUAUUUCAUUCGUUCCUUGACAAUGUCUUAGUAAAGACGAAAGCGCUUGGA